GAGGGGGGAGCGCUUUCGGUAUCGUUACUUCUCUAAAUUUAUGAGCGCUUUAAAGACCAUAGCGUGAGCCCUAAAGCUGAACCAAAGACACAAAAAUUAAAGUUUUAUUAGCUACUUUUUUUUUUUUUUUUACAGUCUGAAGAAAAGGUAGGCUUAAUUGCUGACUGACAAGUUUCUGGAAACGGAUAUGUGUAUGACAGACAGAAGACAGAAGACGAUGAUCUGAUUUUUAUCACAUGAUUGCUUGUGAUUAGAGCCUACGUGGAUUAGAGCACGUAUGAAUAGUUGUAUUUCGCUAUUUGGUUGUUUACCAGCGCUUUGAAAUGGAGUCUCAGCCCGUAUCAGGCCACCAGAACAGAACCUACGGAACGGCCAAUCCCGGUUACAUACCAGCGUCUGCGGGCAGACCCGCAAUGUUCGCCCCACCCGCAGCUGAGUUCCAGGGACCCAGCGCUCCUCCAGCCGGCAUGUUUGAUAACAUGCCUGGCUACGAAGGAACCAUGGCAGGCGGAGGAGGAGGAUUUCUGCCCCCUCCGAUACCUGCUUUUCCAGUUCCUCAGCCUCAACCUGGACCCGAACAACCACACUGGAAUAUCCCAUCUAUAACUGAAGAUACUGCCCGGAAAGCGUUUGUCCAGUUUGCCUCCAGCAAGUGCUGUUAUAGUGCAGCACCAGCAAAGGAUGGUGUGAUCACCAGUAUGGAUGCAUUCAAUACUUACAGGUACCGCCUGGAAACCUUCACUGAAUCAAGAUCUACAGAGUGGAGUCACGAGCCAUACAAUGGCCAGCCAGUGGAUGCCUUAGCCCAACCACCUCCAGGCCCCUGGGAUGUUCCUGCUCAAGCUACCAACUUUUUUGUGGAUAGCAAACAGAUUAUGAAGGUUCCCUACACAUCGUCCAUGAAGGCCUGCCACGUUUGUGUGGGAAUGGGUCGAAAACCUUGCAAAGACUGUGCCGGUGCUGGUAAUAAAGUUUGUUGGGUCUGCAAUGGAUCUGGGUACCGCAUGAGAAAUGAUCAAUGCCACCACUGCAGUGGCAGAGGAAGGGAAAAUUGCAUCCACUGUCACGGGCAAGGAUCGAAGCAAUGUGAAACAUGUCAUGGAAAACAACAGCUUCUGGUCUACAUCAACCUCACUGUGAAAUGGACCAACAACUCUGAUAACUAUGUUGUAGAACAGUCAAGUGGACUGCAGGUGCACAACCUCAGCAACGUGUCUGGCAAGGAGCUUUUCAGGGACUCUCAGUACAUGGUAUACCCAGUGAUGGGCUUCCCAGACCCUACAGUGGUGAAUGCUGCACAGCGCCUUGUCAGUGAACACCAGGGCAAGUUCUCCCAGACCUCACGCAUUCUACAACAGCGUCAAACCAUAGAGCUGAUCCCCAUCACCAAGGUUACCUACUUGUGGAAAGGGAAAUCACACGUUUACUUUGUUUACGGGAAUGAGUUCAAAGUUAGUGCAGAUGACUAUCCUGCUACCUGUUGCUGUUCUGUGAUGUAAUUGCAAUAGCUGCUUACUGGGCAGUUCCCAUAUAUAUAUAUAUAUAUAUAUAUAUAUAUAUAUAUAUAUAUAUAUAUAUAUAUAUAUAUAUAUAUAUAUAUAUAUACAAGAUAACUAAUGUUUGGGAAAUCAUUUUUAUUGUUUUGUGCCAUUUCUAUGCAUGCCACACAGAAAAUAAUUGCUUAUUGACACUGUAUAAACCAUAAUCCUACUAUAUUCCCUGAAGUCGAUGCUUUUACAUACAUACAACAGUGAUUUUUUUGUAACAUGUAUUUGCACCUAAUCAGUUUGCUCUCAUGGCAAAAUAAUUUAGUUUUAUGUGAAUGCAAGUAAUCAUUAAAUGUGAAGAAUUUUGUGAGACAAACAUAUGUAAUAUUAGCUUUGCAGUAUUUCAUUAAUUUUAAUAAAUGGUAUUUCGCAA